AUGAGAUUGAAGUUUGAUGAUAUGAGUACAUUGUUAAAACAACAUCAUGACAUAAUAUCUGAUAUAACCUAUGUAAAGUCAAUUGCUUUUGAUAAUCAAUUCUAUAUUGCGAAACAACCAAAGGCAAGAUCAAUAAAACAUUGUUCACAUUUUUGUCUUGUUUCAAUAAUUGAAUUAAAAUCUGAUGAAUUAAAUGAAUAUUUACAAGAACGUCAACAUAUGAUUAAUAAAUUUAAUAAUCUUUUAACUAAACGAUUAAGAGCUGAUCAUAAUCUUUCACUUGAUUCAUUUAAACUUUUACGUCAAUUAGGUGAAGGAGGUUAUGGAAUAGUUUUUCUUGCUUAUCAUACAGAUACAAAUGAAUAUGUUGCAUUAAAAGCAAUUAAAAAAUCUACAUUAGUUGAAACAAAUGAACAAAAUACAAUUAUUUCAGAAAGACAAUAUGCAUUUGCAUUACAUCAUCCAAAUAUUGUUCAACUUAUAACAAGUUUUAAAGAUAAUGAAUAUUUGUAUUUAGUAAUUGAAUGGUUACAAGGUGGAGAUCUAUAUUCAUUAAUGAGUUAUCAAAAAUUAACUGAACUUCAAGCAAAAUUUUAUUCAGCACAAAUUGUUAUGGCUCUUGAUUAUUUACACGGGUGCAAAGUUGUCUUUCGUGAUCUUAAACCUGAAAAUAUCGUAUUAACACAACGUGGUUAUAUUAAAUUAAUUGAUCUUGGUUUAGCAAAAAUUAUUCGUGGUUAUAGUAAAACAUUUUGUGGUACUCCACAUUACAUUGCACCUGAGGUAAUCAUGCAGCGUCCAUAUACAGUAUCACCUGAUUAUUGGACAUUAGGUAUAAUUAUACAUGAAAUGGUAACUGGUGAUGCACCUUAUGAUCGAACAUAUAGAAUAGAUUCAAAUACAAAUGAAACUCAAUCAAUUGAAUAUGAAUAUGAUUAUCGAUCGAAGAGUACUAUUGAAAAUGACACAUCGGAUGUUAUUCGACCGUCGUCAAAGCAUUAUAACAUGUAUCUCCGUAUAAUUAAUGGUUGUGCAUUAAUGAAUCUUAAACAUGUAACUAAAAAUUGUGCAUUAAUUAUACGUGGUUUACUUCAAUAUAAUAUUGAACAACGUCUUGGUUGUGGUAUACGUGGUGCUCUUGAUAUCAUUGAACAUGCUUGGUUUGAUCAAAUUAAUUUUUGGACAUUAUAUCAACAAAAAUAUAUUGCACCAUUUAUUCCUAUUCGUAAAUAUAUUAUUACAGAUCAAUAUGAAAAUGAAACAAUACUUAGAUAUACUGCAAAAAAUCAAUAUGAAAAUGAAUUUAAUGAAUUUUAA